AUGGGUAUCGAGACAGAAACCCACCAUGGGGAAUCCAUCACCCCCGCCCCGCAGCCUCAAUACUCCAGCUCCGACUCGGUGGCUGCUGAGAAGCCCCUCGAUCUCGGAGUCAACACCCCCAUCCCCCGCCUGACCCUGCGGUCCGCCAUCAUGGGGCUGUUCGUCUCCAUGGGCGGUCUGUUGUUCGGAUACGACACUGGUCAGAUCUCCGGUUUUCAGGAGAUGAGCAACUACCUGCACCGGUAUGGUGAAUACAGCAACGGCAAGUACAGCUUCAGCCACGUUCGCUCCGGUCUCAUCGUCGCUCUGCUGUCCGUCGGUACCCUGAUCGGUGCGCUGGUCGCCGCUCCCAUCGCCGAUCGGCUUGGCCGCAAGUGGUCCAUCACCCUGUGGAACAUCAUCCUCAUCAUCGGUAUCGUUGUCCAAAUCACCUCUCCCGCCGGUCACUGGUGGCAGAUGGUCGUCGGCCGUUGGGUCACCGGUCUGGGUGUCGGUGGCUGCUCGCUGCUUGUCCCCAUGUACCAGGGUGAGAGUGCUCCGCGUCACGUCCGUGGUGCCAUGAUCAGCUGCUACCAGCUGUUCGUGACGCUGGGUAUCUUCGUGGCCUAUCUGAUCAACCUGGGAACCGAGAGCAUGGACGGCACCGCCCAGUGGCGCAUCACCCUGGGCCUGACCAUCGUUUUCGCCUUGAUCUUGGGCGGCGGCAUGGCCUUCUUCCCCGAAUCCCCUCGCUUCGAGUUCCGUCACGGCAAAAUCGACAGCGCCCGGCGCACCAUGGCCAAGCUGUACGGUGUGCCCGAGAACCACCGCGUCAUUGUCCAGGAACUCUACGAGAUCCAGAAGCAGCUCGACGCCGAGUCGGGCGUGCAGGUGUGGCACGAGUUCUUGACCGGGCCGCGCAUGCUCUACCGUGUCGCUCUGGGUAUGCUCCUGCAAUGCCUGCAGCAGCUUACCGGCGCCAACUACUUCUUCUACUACGGAACCACCAUCUUCCAAGGCGCUGGUCUCUCUAACAGCUUCGUCACCUCCGUCAUCCUCGGCGCCGUCAACUUCGUCACCACCUUUGGCGGUCUGUACGUGGUGGAGAACUUUGGUCGCCGCAAGUCCCUCAUCUUCGGCGCCGGCUUCAUGUUCCUCAUGUUCAUGAUCUUCGCCUCCAUCGGCCACUUUAUGCUGGAUGUCAACGAGCCCACAAAUACCCCCACCGUCGGCAAGGGCAUGAUCGUCCUCGCCUGCUUCUUCAUUGCUGCAUUCGCAAUGACCUGGGGUCCCAUGGUCUGGGCCAUCGUCGCCGAGCUCUUCCCCUCCAAGUACCGCGCAAAGGGCAUGGCCCUCGCCACCGCCUCCAACUGGCUCUGGAACUUCCUGCUCAGCUUCUUCACCCCCUUCAUCACCGGCGCCAUCGACUUUGCCUACGGCUAUGUCUUCGCGGGCUGUCUCCUCGUCGCCGCUUUCGUCGUCUACUUCUGCGUCAUCGAGGGCAAGGGCCGCACGCUCGAGGAGAUCGACUGGAUGUACGUGAACCAUGUGGCGCCGUGGAAGAGCAGCAAGUUUGAGAUUCCGGCGACUGAGUGGGAGGAGGGACCUGGUGCGCAGUUCCGCAAGGAGGAGCAGGCCUUCCAUGCGGAGAUUGCGUAG